AUGAUUUCCAGAAUUCCAUACUACCUCUUUGUCGCCAUCUUCUUGAGCAAGCAAGCUACUGCCUUCCAAGUUGUGAACACAAAUGGGGGGGUCUCAUCACCAACAUCAUCAGGAGCAUCAACGCCUACCACCCGCACUUCGACAUCACAACUGAAUUAUGCGAAUGCUCAAACCGUGGACAACACUGUCACUGGAAGUGACAGCUUCACGAAUUCCAUCCUCGAUGCUUUCCAACGCGAGGAAUCUCAAGUCUCAAUUUCUCAACUGCUUACCGAACAAGUGGCAAGAGAGUUCACUGCCGGCAGAAGGUAUCUAUUAGCUGCCUCUGCUGUCAAGGACCUAUCAGAAGAUUUCUACGAUGUCGAAGAGCAACAACGCGUUCGCGCUAUGGAACUCAUGGAAUACGCUCGCACAAAUGACAUUGAACUCCUCGACUAUGCUUCUCAAGUUGACAAGACCCCCAUUGACAAGUCCUUGAAGAAGCAAGAACUGUUACAAGAGUUGCUCAUUCAAGAGCAGAAGGACGUCAAGCUACUCGAACAAGUCAUGGCCCAAGUCUCCUCCAAGAAUGCCAAGCUCUUUGCCUUCUUGGAAGUCAUCCGAGCGGACCAAAUGGAACGUAAGGAUCAAAUUAUGCAAACACUUGCAGAUGCCUUCCCAACAAUUCAGCAAUCUGCUGCGGACACUGCUUCUGUCACUACUACUGCUCAAGCCUCCACUGGAGACUUUGGACAAGAUUUGCUGAACAAGUUGGACAACGCAGAUCAAAUUCCAUCCUCUGUCUCUCGUUGGUCUGAUAAUCAACUUCAAGGUAUGGGACAGCACAUCCACGAUCUGAUUUCCAAGUCCUCUGGUCACUUUACCUUUACUGGAGCCACUGCCGCUACAGUUGCCGCAGUCGAUGUCGUUGAUCCCGAGUCGCUUCCAAAUCCUGAAAACUUUCUUCAAGCCAUGGAUACGGAAGCCCUGAGUCAACUUGUCGAUAUUGUCAGUGGUGUGUAUUAA